AAACAACGCGGACGACAACAGCCGGUUUUACUUAAGGAGAGCAGACAACAACAGAUCGCUUUACUGAUAAACAAACAGCGAAGAAUCCAGGCGCUUCGACAUUGCGUGGUAGUCCUGCUUCGCGUCGCUGUUCUCUAAUAAAACAGCAUUGCCCGUUCAGGCUGCAUGACAGAGCGUUUUCGUGUAUCGCCGAUCCUUCGCUAAGACGAAAUGAACGCUGAACUAAGCGAGCGUGUGAAGGCCCGUUUGGUCGAAAGUGGAGAAGAAGAACGGAUUAGAGAACUUCUUAAAACGAGACUUGUUUCGUGUGGAUGGAAGGAUGAGUUGAAGGCCGAGGCCCGGAAACUCAUUAAAGAACGAGGCGUAAACAACGUUAAUGUGGAUGAGCUUCAUGCCCAUCUGAUGCCUAAAGCGCGAAGCACAAUUCCUGAUUCGGUGAAAAAAGAGCUCCUCUACGAAAUUCGCGAAUUCAUUAUGCGUAGCGGUGGCAUUCUCUAAGAGGACACAGUUACAAGCAGUGGGAAUGGAUGCGCUUACGUCGCACAGAGCGAAUCUCUGAUGCCACUGUUACGGACAGGUAAACACACACUUGUUUUAGAUCGAAGUUGCAUUUGUGGAAAACCUGUUAUUAUUAGCCGAUAACGAGGUAAACACUUGUUUUUCUGUAAGCAAAACAGUGUUCGGAUCGUAUUGAACCAUAGCAGAGACGUUAUACUAUAAUUAACUGUAUACUCAUUCUUCCACAACACGAAAUGGCUAGAGCAGGACUAAAUGAUGAUUAAAUAUUAAGGCUAAAGAAAUAGCCUUAUAGAGUAACACGAAUUUUGUAAAUAUGUAAAUAUAUAAUCGAAUAAAUAUGUACACAAAUA